ACAAUUCUUUGCUUGUGUCGUUUAUGUUCUCCAGUCAGUUUGUAUUUGGUGCAAUAAGCAAGCAGUCAACAGAGUAUACUUCCCUAUGUUAUAUGGCUUGGGGUCUGUGAAUUCCAAAACCACGAGUGCCGCGGGUUAUUCUAGUAGAUUAGAUAACCAGGACUUUGAUCUAAUUGUUUAAUACCGCGUCUUGUGCAAUUAAAAUUAUUCAUACAGCUGUCUACGUUCUAUAUAUUGUACCUCAUCCGCCUUCAACCAACCUCGGCUUUGGUGGACUAUCCUUGAGAUGGCGCAAAUGAAAAAGUUUGGUGAUUUGAUUGGCUCCAUCGACGAGGGAACCAGCUCGGCGCGAUUCAUACUGUUCCGAGCGGAAACCAGCGACAUCGUAUGCUUCCACCAGAAGGAACUGAGCCAGAUAUACCCUCAGGAAGGUUGGGUCGAACAAGAUCCGAAGGAAAUUCUGUCCGUAGUUGAGGAGUGCAUAGAAAAGACAAUCGAAAAACUACAGGACCUUGGCGGAAACCCUAAGGACAUUGUAGCGAUAGGAGUGACCAAUCAACGGGAAACGACUAUCGUAUGGGACAAAACCACUGGGGAACCACUUUAUAAUGCAAUUGUUUGGUUGGAUAUGCGAACGUCUUCAACCGUCGAUCAGCUGCUGGAAACCGUCCCCAAUAAAACCAGGAACAAGAAUUAUCUGAAGCCACUGUGUGGAUUGCCGCUGUCGCCAUAUUUCUCAGCCGUCAAGUUGCGCUGGUUGAUCGAUAAUGUUCCAAAGGUCAAAACGGCCAUCAAAAACAAUAACUGCCUUUUCGGUACGGUAGACACGUGGCUAAUCUGGAAUCUCACCGGAGGUGUCGACGGUGGUGCUCACGUCACAGAUGUCACCAAUGCUUCGCGGACCAUGCUGAUGAAUAUUGAAACGCUACAUUACGAUAAAACGUUGGGUAAGUUCUUCGACGUUCCAUUCGAGAUUCUCCCGGAAAUUCGAUCCAGUUCGGAGGUCUACGGUACCAUUAGUUUGAAAGCCCUGCAAGGUGUGCCACUGAGUGGAUGCCUCGGUGACCAGCAAGCCGCUCUGGUUGGACAGGAAUGCCUCACUCGGGGUAAGGCUAAGGCCACUUAUGGAACGGGAUGUUUUCUGCUUUACAACACUGGGAAUGCCUUAAUUGACUCCUCGCACGGUUUGAUCACCACCGUUGCGUACCAAAUGGGACCAGAAGAGCUGCCGACGUACGCAUUGGAAGGAUCUGUCGCCAUAGCGGGGGCAGCACUGGGCUGGUUACGCGACAAUAUCAACAUUCUGAAUAGUGCCAAAGAGUCGGAGGAACUUGCUCUGUCGGUGGAGAACAAUGGAGAUGUUUACUUCGUGCCUGCUUUUAGUGGCCUGUAUGCUCCGUAUUGGAAUCAGGAAGCACGUGGUGUAAUCUGCGGGAUCACGGAGGACACGCAACGUGGCCACAUUGUACGGGCUAGUUUGGAGGCUGUAUGUUUCCAAGUGCGAGAUAUUCUGGAUGCCAUGAACAAAGAUUGUGGAUUUCCGCUGGUUAAAUUGAAGGUAGAUGGUGGAAUGACGGCCAACUCGUUACUGACGCAGUGGCAGGCAGAUUUGAUUGGAUUGGAAGUGCAGCGUCCGGCCGUGGUGGAAACGACGGCUCUGGGUGCAGCAAUGGCUGCAGGACGCGCCGUUGGCUAUUGGGACGUGGAAAAUGUCAGCGUGGAAAGCAAUUGUACUUCAUUCAAGCCGAAGAUCUCCGACGACGAGCGAGAUAUGAGAUAUAGCAAAUGGAAGAUGGCUGUUGAACGAUCAUUCGGCUGGGAAGGUAAUUCUAUGGUGUAAACCUAUUUAUCGGACAAUUGGAAAUAGGGCUUUGGGUGUAAACAAUUUAAGGCGAUUGUGCAUACUAGCAACAUAAAUAUGUAAUUUAUUCCAGUUUAAUUUGUUUUAUUGAUAAUAGAUAAGUAUUAAAUAAUUGUAAGAUGGAGGACAAUCGAAGAGGAUGUAAAUUUUAUU